AUGGGACCGUUUCAGACUGACAUUUAUUGGGCUUUGGCGGACAGGGAUUCAGGGAGAUCAGUGUCGUCGUUGUUUUUGCCGAUCUUUUUCCUGUUGUUCUCUACCUACUUCCCGAAUCCGAUCCAAAAUGUCACGACAGCCACAGAUGAUCAACAGUUAUGCACCCACAUUUGCAGAGAUUUUUGAGAGUUCUAGAAUUGUGGCUGUGCGGUUUUGGCCCUCCGUGGAGGGGGAAGAAAAAAAAAUCGCAAGCAUCUCCCUCCCUAUUCUCGCUCCGUUCUCAUAUCAUCUACCAGAUUGAAGGGAUGGGACGCGCAAAUCGCCUCAAGUUCCGUGCAUGAUUUUCUCGCAGCGGGAGGAAAGGAAGGCCGAAUUAGUUGCGACAAGCACAGCCAAUUUACUUCAUACCUACCUCGAUGGCAUAGGAAGAACGAUGAUGGGGUUUGAGACGGACCGAGGCUGGUGGUACAGAUAUCGGCCCAGGUUUCGGAUCAUGCCAGUCGCCUUUGUCCGUCGCAGGUUCGAAGUGUGAUUGAUGAUGCCGAAUAGAUGGAGGAGCACACACACCGGAAAAGCUGAGAUGUGUCUUUCGGACAUGGAACAUCAUGAUGUUGACCUUGACGUCUAGCUUUCACCAUCGCUUGUUCGUCUUGACUUACCCCCUUUUAUUUUUUUUAUUUUUCCUGUCUUGGCGCUCACCAAACAACUAUCACCCAGUAUUCAGGACGAUUGACGGAUGCUUGAGGCAAUGACAUGAUCAGCUUGUGCAACGACCCUAAUCGCAAAGAGCUGGGGGCCAUGGUUCAUGAUCCUCAAGCGGUAAGCUUUCGACAGAUGGGACCCUGAAAAGUGACACGAACUCUUUUUUCCUAGGUCCUCAACAACAUAUCACGAGCCACCACCACCACCACCGGAGGAAAAACAUC